GCGACUUUGUAUUGUUUACUUACUUGUUCAGGCGUGCCUGCCACUGACUCUGGCAAAAAGGCGAAAUUCCCAGCUCAAACUCUCAUUGUGUUCUUCGCCAAACUCCUCCCUCUCGCUUCAGGUAACAAUCUUUUCCUUGUUUUCUCGUCGGUCCACAUCUCACUGUGCUGCAUUUUUCAAUACCCAGACGAUAAAAUUCGCAGUCUCUAGCCCAGCUGGACGAUCCAUGUUGACUUCUUGUUAUAAUCGUCUUCGUCUUUCUUCUCCCUCUAGAUUAGAGCUGUUAGAAUAAUGAAUUCAGAUGGCUUUAAACAACCAGAAAAUCGACGUGUUAUCAGUUGCGGUGACCUUUUUAUGUCAUUUGUGGUUUUCCUGUUUCACAGAUUGUGUGUGGGUACGAGAAGCCUACUUCACGUUGCUUUUGUGAGAAUGAUGUCUCUUUAAUGUACAAGAAGUUGAGGUGAUUUUCUCGUUUGAAAGGCAGGCGAGAUGUCAUUUUCCAGGUGGUAGCUUGGGCAAUUUGGAGGCGGCUGGUUGGUUUACUAUUCCCGAAGGAGAGCGAGAAGUUGGAUAUGACGUCAAUCUUUGUGAUGAAUUGCGUCUUUCCUCUAGGUUUUAGAUGUUAGAGACUGGGUUUAGACUUCCAGCCGGGAAUUCAGUAUUUAUUGCCUCUGGAAUAUAUGCACAUUGAUAUUGAAGAGAACUAAAACAAUUAGACUUUUGGGUUGUUUCCUUCAAAACUCAAUUCUGUUCUGACCUUGAUCAUCUUCCUUUAGGAAUCUACAGCUUUGAGAUUGUUUCCUUGUGGGUUCCCAAAUUCAGUUAAAAAACUUCCAUCCAUGCCUGAGAAGACUAAGCAUCUAUCCAGGCUACUGAUCUACCUCAUCACUCUCUCUUUGUUCCUUUUGAUUCUAUCUUCUCUAUCACUUCGACAGUUCGGCGAUGUCUCGUUGCUACCUGGUUCUGUUAUCAGGUUGAUUCUUGCUAACAACACCUCAAUUUAUGUGAGACCCAAUGUUCAAAGGGACCCAAAGAUCAAAACAAUCCCCUUCUUGUCUCCCCUAAGCUCAAAGACACGAUCCCCUAACUUUGGCCCUUGCAGUCAAGGAACAAUUUGUCCACCUUCUGGAGCCUUGACUUGUGACCAAAAUCAAGCUGUUCUGAGGGUAUAUAUGUAUGAUCUUCCUCCUGAAUUUCACUUUGGAUUACUGGGCUGGAAGGGAAGUGGCAAUGAAACAUGGCCAACUGUUAAUGACCCUAGGCACAUCCCGCCAUAUCCUGGUGGCUUGACUUUGCAGCAUAGUAUGGAGUAUUGGCUGACACUUGAUCUUCUAGCAUCUAAUGUGCCAAGUAUCAUCAAAGCUUGCAGUACAGUUAGAGUGAAGAAUUCUAGUGAAGCAGACGUACUCUUUGUGCCGUUUUUCUCAUCUCUGAGUUACAAUCGGUAUUCCAAGCCUCUGGGGAAAGAGAAACUUAUACUAGACAAUAUUCUACAAGAGAAAUUGGUGCAGUAUUUGUUGGGUCAUGAUUUAUGGAAGCAACAUGGGGGAAAUGAUCAUUUGAUUGUGGCACAUCAUCCCAAUAGCAUGCUGCACUCCAGGAAAGAGUUAGCCUCUGCCAUGUUUGUGCUUGCAGAUUUUGGGAGGUAUCCGGCUAGCGUUGCAAAUAUUGAAAAGGAUAUAAUAGCUCCUUACAAACAUGUUGUUAGGAGCAUUCCAAAUGGUCAGUCAGCUCAGUUUGAUGAGCGUUCCAUACUAGCUUAUUUCAAAGGGGCUAUUUACAGAAAGGAUGGAGGAACUAUUCGCCAGGAACUCUACUAUCUUCUUAAAGAUGAGAAAGAUGUGCAGUUUACAUUUGGGUCCUACAGCAAGAAUGGGGUGAACAAGGCCAACGCAGGGAUGGCCAAAUCAAAGUUCUGCUUGCAUAUUGCCGGUGAUACACCUUCCUCUAAUCGUCUCUUUGACAUUGUUGCAACUCACUGUGUUCCUGUGAUCAUCAGCGAUGAGAUUGAACUUCCAUUCGAAGACGUGCUGGACUACUCAGACUUUUGUGUCUUUGUUCAUGCAUCGGAUGCUAUCAAACCGGGUUACUUGAUGAAGCUUCUACGUGGGAUUGACCGAGAUGAGUGGACCAAGAUGUGGUUUAGAUUACAAGAAAUUGCCUCCCACUUUGAAUAUAAUUACCCUUCCAAAGCUGACGAUGCUGUGGAUAUGAUAUGGAAGGCAGUAAGGCGAAAAGUAUCUGCAGUUCCCUUGCAAAUUAACAGGAAGAAGAGAUACUAUCGAUCUCAACCAACAAGCUAACUGAAGUGAACACCACAGUUUGGAGGAAGACAUGAUACCAAAAGCUUCCCUCUCUCUUGUUCUCUCAUGCGAAGGGCAUUUGAUUUUUGUAACCUUAUCAAGAGCUGCUUGUUUUUGCUUAAUAUACAUAGAUGAGGGAUGAACUAUUCGGCAGGAACUGUACUACCUUCUAAAAUAUGAGGAAGAUGUGCACUUUACAUUUGGAUCCUACGGGAAGGGUGGCAUGGCAUCAACAAGGUCAAUGCAGGGAUGACCAUAUCAAAGUUCUGCCUACAUAUAGCUGGGGAUACACCUGGUUCCAAUCGCCUAUUUGAUGUGAUUGCCACUCUCUGGGUUUCUGUGAUAAUAAGCGAAGAUAUAGAGCUGACAUUUGAAGAUGUGGUUGACUACUCAGAGUUCUGUGUGUUUGUUCAUGCGUCUGAUGCUGUCAAACCAGGGUACUUACUGAAUCAUCUCGGUGGAAUGGAGGGAUAUGAAUGGACCAAGAUGUGGGUCAAGAUUACAAGAAAUUGGCGCCCACUUUGAAUACCACUAACCUUCAAACUUCAAAGCCUGAUGAUGCUGUGGAUAUGGUCUGGAAGGCUGUAUCGAGAAUGGUGCAUGCACUUCGGUUGCAACUUAACAGGAAUAAUAGAUACUCUAGGUUUCAACCAGCAAGCUAACUGAGAACAACAGUCUGCAGGUAGACAUGAUUCAAAAGCUUCCCUCUUUUUGUGUUUGUUUCCUUGUGUGUAAAAAGGGUAUUUGUUUUUUCAUUUUUAGGGAUCUGUUUGUUUUCACUAAUCAUACGCGAUCUAAUGAAAUUGUUUAUUGUCA